CUAGAGGUGGACUUGGGGAGGAGGAACCCCCAAGCCAACGUGCUCAGCCCUUGUUUUCCUCCCCUGCAGGAUUUGUCCUUCCCAAAGCUUGGGUGGAUGGAGGAGGAGGCUGCAAGGAAGAGGGAGAUGCCGCGGGCCCCCCAGGCAGGCCCCGAGCUGAGGACGGAGAGCACAGACGACAAAUCCCCCCGGCAGAGCCUGGUGGGAGAGGCCAUUUUGAAGGGCUCCCCGGCGCAGGAAGGCAACGGGGAGGAAAAGGCCCGGAGAUGCCCCCAGAGGAGGGGCUGCAAAGCCAGCUCAGGGAGCUGUGAGGAGGAAAGACCCGUCCUGUGCCGGGAAGGCGGCCGGAGCUUGAGCUGUAGCUCUGGCCUGAUGGUCCCUGUGCAGCCUCCCAGGAGGGAGAAGCCCUUCAGGUGCUUGGAAUGUGGGAAGAGCUUCGGGAAGAGCUCCAGCGUGAUCCGACACCAACACAUUCACACAGGGGCACGACCCUACUCAUGUAGGGAAUGUGGGAAAAGAUUUCAGACCAGCACAAAUCUCCUCCUGCAUGAGCGGACGCACACGGGGGAGAGGCCCUUCCGCUGCACCGACUGCGGGAAGGGCUUCAGAAUGAACUCUCACCUUGUCACCCACUGGCGCAUCCACACCGGGGAGAGGCCCUACAAGUGUGGGGAGUGUGGGAAGAGCUUCAGCCGGAUCUCUGACCUGAUCCAGCACCAGCAUGUCCACACUGGGGAAUGGCCCUGCAAGUGCUUGGAAUGUGGGAAGAGGUUUAGGGACACCUCACAGCUCCUCCUACAUGAGUGGACGCACACGGGGGAGAGGCCCUUCAGCUGCCCUGACUGCGGGAAGAACUUCAGUGUGAACUGCACCCUUGUCAGACACCGGCACAUCCACACCGGGGAGAGAUCCUACAAGUGUGGGGAGUGUGGGAAGAGCUUCCCCCACAGCUCUGCCUUGAGCAAACACCAACGGACCCACCGGUAACGGAAGCCCUACGAGUGCCCCGACUGCAGGAAGAACUUCGGCCGCUGCUUCCACCCCGAAUGACCAUCCUGAUGGUGAGGGAACCCCUGGAGUCCAGUGACUGUCAGUCCAUCCCUUUCUACCAGAAAGGGCCAGUCCCCUUUGCCAGGGGCAGGUUGUGCCAACAGAACCCUU